CUUUCUCUUCUCAACUCAAACCAGAGAAGAAAUAAUACAAACAACCCCCAAGUCAACAUACAAGCUUCAACCGGCCAUAGAAGUUGGCCCUUCGACUUCUGGCGACGUUCGAGUACAACGCCACCCCGAUAAAAGCCACGGCAACAAGGAAACAUGUUCUCUGGGGCAGCUUGGUGUAAUGCUGGGAUGAGGACAAAAUCUGGGGUCUACAGUAUGUCGAGACUUCUACGUAUCAGAUAAUGGGCAAUUUGAAAAUUGUCACUACUGGAAUUUUAUUUAGGUUGUUUCUUAAGAAGAAGCCCUCUAAUCUACAGUGGAUGGCUAUUGUUUUAUUGGCUGUUGGAACGACCACGAGUCAGGUCAAAGGUUGUGGAGAGGCUUCAUGCGAUUCCCUCUUCUCAGUACCAAUUCAAGGAUACAUGCUAGGAAUUUUGUCUGCUUGUCUUUCGGCAUUGGCUGGUGUUUAUACAGAGUUCCUGAUGAAGAAGAACAAUGACAGCUUAUACUGGCAGAAUAUACAGUUAUACACGUUUGGUACAAUCUUCAAUAUGGCACGGCUGGUAAUGGAUGAUUUUAGAGGUGGAUUUGAGAAAGGACCUUGGUGGCAACGGCUGUUUAAUGGGUAUAAUAUCACAACUUGGUUGGUUAUGCUAAAUCUAGGUUCUACUGGGCUGUUGGUUUCAUGGUUAAUGAAAUAUGCUGACAAUAUAGUCAAGGUGUAUUCCACAUCGAUGGCCAUGCUAUUAACAAUGGUUCUAUCCGUGUUCCCCUUCAGUUUCAAGCCAACACUUCAGCUUUUUUUGGGGAUCAUUAUAUGCAUGAUGUCACUACAUAUGUACUUUGCUGCUCCGAAUAUGCUUGUAGACAUGCCGUCGACAAUUAAAUCAGAUCCAGAGAGCCAUGUUCCAGUUGAUCCUAAAACAGAUUCAUAAUGACCAGCAAACAUCUUUUUCUUUUUUCUGAAUCAGCUGGGGAGAGAUUGAAAAAGAAAUGGCUAUGAACCGAAUCGUGGAUUCAGUCGAAGUCGAGAAGCCUGGCAUCGCCAGUCCAAAAUGCAACCGGAAUCUCAGGCUUAUAUUGUCUUGGUUUUUCAGCUACCGGUAACCAUGGUAGAAAUCGAAGU